AGAACAAUUAGUAGUCGGUGUAUAUUUAUUCCCUGAUGGAUGAAGCUUAUGACAACGGAUCACCGAACCAGGAAAGCUCUGAUUCAUCCUUUGAAGACGAUAUAGACAGUAUCGCACUCCUGCCUGAGAGAAAGACACGACCAAGAAGGCUCAGGCGGAGACGAAUUCGUAUAUUUGAGGACAACGGCGGGCAUCUUCGUACGACCAACAGAAUGUGUUCUCGGAGAACCAUCGUCUAUAGUACGAUCACGGCUGUUCUACUCAUUUGUGUAGUUAUAAUUUCUGUCUUCGUCAACCCUUCGACCUCUGAUGAGUUCGAAGAGAAAACCGAGAAAAGGAGUUCGGAGUUUCAGGAUGAGCCAGAAAAAAAGGACGAUAGUAGUUUUUAUAAAGAUGGGCAUGGAAGGAAGUUUGCUUGGCAGAAAAUCCGCCUUCCAAGCAGUGUAACACCGGAGGAGUAUACGGUUAUACUCCGACCGAAGUUAGAUCCAGAUUUUACUUUCUCUGGUAACGUGUCCGUACGGGUAAAAUGCAACGAAGACACAGACUAUAUAUUCAUACAUGCUAAACAAAUGCGGCUGACCAAAUUUGAGGUUUUAAACCAGGGAAAAGAACCUUUAAAAAUUAUGGAAACUGCCAACUGCGAAAAGCUUGAGAUGUUUUCCAUCAAGGUUAAGGGUGGCUUGAAAAAGGGAGAGAGCUAUGUUCUACAAAUCGACUUCAAUGCCGUGUUGGCAGAAAAGCUUACUGGAUUCUACAAGAGUUCUUAUAAGGAUAAAGAUGGAAACACUCGGUACUUGGCGACCACGCAUUUUGAGCCUACGGAUGCGCGCGCAGCGUUCCCGUGCUUUGACGAGCCCGCGCUAAAAGCGGUAUUUAACAUGGUGAUUUACCGCAAGGCCGAGCAUGUUUCUCUCUCCAACAUGCCAAUCAAGGAAACGUUCAAAGACAAGGAAAGUGGUCAGGUGAUCGACGUGUUCGAGCCAUCCGUCAAGAUGAGUACAUACCUUGUCGCGUUUGUCGUGUGCGACUUCAAGUCUAAGGAAGCCACCACCAAACGGGGAACUCUGGUUCGAGUGUGGGCCCCCGAGGAUAACAUCGAUGAAGGGGAUUAUGCUCUGUCGGAAGCAGUUAAAAUACUAUCAUACUACGAGAAGUUCUUUGCUGUGAGAUACCCUCUCCCCAAACAAGACCUCAUAGCGAUACCAGACUUCCCCACCGGAGCCAUGGAGAACUGGGGCCUAAUUACGUACCGUAUGACGUCACUCCUUUACCGUCCUGGGUUCUCCUCGGAUGACAACAAGCAGUGGAUAUCAGUCGUGGUCGCACACGAACUAGCUCACCAGUGGUUUGGAAAUCUUGUUACUAUGAAAUGGUGGAACGACCUAUGGCUGAAUGAAGGAUUUGCAAGUUUUGUCGAGAAUAUCGGUGUGAACCACACGACCCCUGAGUGGCGGAUGAUGGAGCAGUUCUUGCUGGAUAAGACGCAACUAUCCAUGAACCUAGAUCAACUGAGCAACUCUCAUCCGAUCAGCGUGGUCGUCAAGGACCCCGCGGAGAUCAACUCGUUGUUCGACACCAUUUCUUAUGACAAGGGAGCAGCUAUUAUCCGCAUGUUGAAGAGCUUUCUCGGCGACGAUGUCUUCCAGAAAGGACUUCAGAAAUAUCUGAACAAGCACAAGUUUGGUAACGCCGAGACGAACCAGUUGUGGGAUGCAUUUACUGAGGAGAGCAGCGUCUCGGCGAGCUCCACGAAAAACUUCCGGGAUGUGAAGUCUGUCAUGGAUACGUGGACCCUGCAGAUGGGGUUCCCUGUGGUGACGAUCAAGCAACGGGGCGACUCCGCCGUAGCUUCCCAGAAGCACUUUCGCAUCCACCCCAAAGUCAAGCCUAGCCUCAGGUCACAGUUUGAUUACAAGUGGAUCAUACCAUUCACCUAUUACACACAGAACGACAAGACCAAGAAAAAUGCGUGGAUCGAGAAAGACAACGGUAGAGAAGGGGAGGGGAUACUUCAAUUUGACUACAACCCCGCUACCUCCGGCUGGAUCAAGGCGAACUACGAACAGCAUGGCUUCUAUCGAGUCAACUAUGACGCCGAGAACUGGGAAAGACUAAAACAGCAGCUCGACACAGACCACGAGAAACUCAGUGCUGCGGACAGAGCGGGCCUUUUGGACGACGCCUUUAACCUCGCCAGGGCGGGAGAGCUACCGCUGACUACUGCACUCGACCUGACAAAGUACCUGACGAAAGAGGAGAUGUAUGUCCCUUGGGCGGCGGCACUAAGCAACAUGGGAUUUUUGGAGAGUCGUUUGUGCGAGAACGAGGAACACAUGACUUUGUACAAGAAAUACGCCCUGCAGCAGCUCAAACACAUCGUAAGGAAACUAGGUUGGGACGACAAAGGCAGCCAUCUACAGAAGUAUCUUCGUUCCUACGUAUUGAAGCUGUGCGCUCGUUAUGGCGAUGUUGAAUGCGCGACUGCUGUCAAAAGUCGCUUCGAUGAUUGGAUGAGAGGAGAAAGCCUGCCGCCAAAUCUCCGCUCGGUGAUAUAUGAUACCGGCGUGCACUUGGGGGGCGAGAAAGAGUUCAAAUACAUGUACGAGCAGUACAACAAGUCCACAGUCGCCGCCGAGAAGCGCAAACUGCUGUUCGCCAUGUCCGCCACUCAGAACCCCGCUCUCAUGAAAAAGCUUCUGGAUAUGAGUAUGAGCACACAGAUUCGCUCUCAAGACACCGUCUCCGUCAUCACAUCCGUCGCUUCCAACUGCAAGGGACGUAACCUCGCCUGGGACUUCGUUAAGAAACACUGGAAGACGUUAUUUAAAAGAUACGGCCAUGGGUCAUUUGACUUCGCUCGACUCGUGUCUAGAACCACGACUCACUUCAGUACGCCACAGAAGCUGAAAGAGAUCCAAGAAUUCUUCAAGAAACACGAACUUGGGUCAGGUAAACUGGCGUCCAAGCAAGCAGAGGAGGGCGUCUCUUCUAACAUAGACUGGAUGAAGAACAAUACCGAGGUCGCACUCAAAUGGCUGGAGGAACAUACUGGAGCGGAGUCCAAACCAGCCGACGGCGACCUGGGCGUGGCUAACGUGGAGCGCCUGGAAAACAUACUCGCACCUGAGGGCUUCCAGGAAGAGUACCAGGACCGAGAAAACCAGGAAGAGCCGUACCAGAACAAACGUUACUAUAGCAACCAGCAUUAUGGGCGUGGCGAUGACCAGGACCGCAGGUUUAGCAAUGAGUAUAAUGAUGAUGAUUAUGAACCGGAGCGGCGUAGUUACGAAUAUCAAUGAAUACCUUAAUGGAAAUUUAUAGACCACUUUCCACAUAUGGCCUAAUUAUCCCGAAUAAUAGCUUAAUAAUAGUUAAGAAGGCUGAAAGGAAUAACACAAUACUUUUUUUCUUAGUCUUAUUCACAUGCCAUUGUUCGUGAUGACUAUAUAUGAAAUGACCUAUUCUCUAAUUAUGAGGGGGGAGGGGAGGGGGGUAAUGAGAAGGUUCUACUGGGAUUUCAUUUACCACAGUGAAGUCUAAUUUCAUUUACCAUCAUGAGGUCAUACUCGAAAACCCAGUGGUCUUUCUGCGGCUGAUGAAAGAUAGUGCCGGAUUUUCGAAUACGACAGUGUAGAGUGUGGACAUUAUUGUUAUGUGCGCCCUUGGAUCUUCUGUCGGUACAAUCAUUAUAACGUGGGAGUUUAUUUUUUUAGCACAAAUAUUCAGUUAGAAGUAAAAGGGAGAUAAAAACAUAUCAAAGAAAUGUCCUUCAACCUUCGGGAAUAGAUAACCUGAUUAGUCUAGUCCCUGGGCAAAUUUGAAUGCAUCAGCUUUAUUUAGCCAGUAUAUUAAAAUUAAUGUACAUUGGUUUUAGCUGAAUUUUAUUCAGUUCACGGUGAUGUUUUGUGUCAUUCUACGACACUUUUAUUUCCACCUGUAUGUCAGACGCAGAUAAACACUUAUGGCGAUACUCUUCGGUUUUUCCAUUGCACUAAAAGUAUUUCAUCUGUUGUCAUGCGGUUGAACCUGUAUGUAACUUGCAAUGAUUUUCUGUGGUGUCUAAAAUUGUGAGGAUUUCUCUGGCGAAUUCAUAUAUUUAAUCUCUGACUUCUGGUUGCUAGUAAUUCAGAGGGUGUGCCAGUCAAGUCAAUGGAGUAAAAUUGAAAGUUUUUUUUUGCAUAUUCGAGUCUGUAAAUACAACACGGGGGUAUCUCUAUUUUUAUUCAAUCAUACAUUUUCCUUUUCGCCUUUUAUUCUUCAAUCAUAUUCUGUAGACGUAUCGAUAUACACUUGUGGUAACUCGGUAAUGGAUUUUCGGAUUUGUCUGUAUACUCCAAUGCAUAAAAAACGAAAUGACUCCAUUUAUUUAACUUUUAUCUCAGAUAAAAGGUCUUAUUUAUAAGGGGACGGAUUGCAGAGCAGAUCACUCCCACCUAAUGUGUAACUAAAAAUGUUCUUCAUAUUCUUUCAAAUUUGACAUAUCCAGCCUUACAGGGGAGCUAAUUAUCCCGGACUUUGGCUUUGUAAUCGAUGCACCGAAAAGAGCAUCUUGUAUGUGGGAAACACUUAUCGUAAUCUUCUUGUCAUAGCAGGGGCGUGUCCAGGAAUUGGGGAAGGGUGGGUGUAGCUUGAAAGAAAAAAAGCCAAAAGGGCCGGCGUUAGAAUAGGGGCUGGUCUCCCCUUUCUUGGCCACGCCCAUGCUGCUGUGGCGGAUCCGGGAGUACUUCGCUACAAUUAUUUACUCUAUUUGGUAAUACAGCGUAAUAAUAUAAGGACACGUGAUGUACAAGUGACACAGUCGUAUAACCUGAGAGUACACGUGAUAUACACGUGACGCAGAGCUCGUGUCUAAGUGCUGAAGGAAUCCUAUGACAUCAUUAUGUUGCUAGACUUAUAGAUUAUUAAAUGAUUCAUUUCUCUUUAUAAAUACAUUUUUUAAAAUUCUGGACCCGCCCGAUAAUGAUCGCUGUUAUCUUUUUGACAAUAGGGUAAAUAUGUAUUUAUGUUAAGGGAAUCUUGAUGUAUCCUAGCCUGGCGGUAAGGGAGUGAAGUAGUAGCGUUUCUUCCUCGUCUCGUAGUACCACAUUGGGGGUAUUAGUUAAGCAUGUGCAUGCUAGUGUUGUAAGGGGGAUGGUAAAAUAAAAAGUAAAUCAUUA